GCUGCCGCGGCGGGCGGACCUGCAGGAGGUGGCGGCUGCGGCGGCUGCGGCGGCCGAGGCCGAGGGAAGAUGGCGGACGGUGUAGACCACAUAGACAUUUACGCGGACGUGGGCGAGGAGUUCAACCAGGAAGCUGAAUAUGGUGGGCAUGAUCAAAUAGAUUUGUAUGACGAUGUCAUCUCUCCAUCUGCAAAUAAUGGAGAUGCCCCAGAAGACCGAGAUUACAUGGAUACUCUCCCACCAACUGUUGGUGAUGAUGUGGGUAAAGGAGCAGCACCAAAUGUUGUCUAUACAUAUACUGGAAAAAGAAUUGCAUUAUAUAUUGGAAAUCUGACAUGGUGGACAACAGAUGAAGACCUAACUGAAGCAGUUCAUUCUUUGGGAGUUAAUGAUAUUUUGGAGAUAAAGUUUUUUGAAAAUCGGGCAAAUGGCCAGUCAAAGGGGUUUGCCCUCGUUGGUGUUGGAUCUGAAGCAUCUUCAAAAAAGCUGAUGGAUCUGUUGCCUAAAAGAGAACUUCAUGGUCAGAAUCCUGUUGUAACUCCAUGCAAUAAACAGUUCCUGAGUCAAUUUGAAAUGCAGUCCAGGAAAACUACACAAUCAGGACAAAUGUCUGGGGAAGGUAAAGCUGGUCCUCCAGGAGGCAGUUCACGUGCAGCAUUUCCACAAGGUGGUAGAGGACGGGGACGUUUUCCAGGGACUGUUCCCGGUGGGGACAGAUUUCCUGGGCCAGCAGGACCAGGAGGGCCACCCCCACCUUUUCCAGGAAAUUUGAUCAAGCAUCUUGUUAAAGGAACUCGGCCUUUGUUCCUGGAAACUAGGAUUCCAUGGCAUAUGGGGCACAGCAUAGAGGAAAUACCCAUUUUUGGCCUAAAAGCCGGACAGACUCCACCACGUCCACCCUUAGGUCCUCCAGGCCCACCUGGUCCACCAGGUCCUCCACCUCCUGGUCAGGUUCUGCCUCCUCCUCUAGCUGGGCCUCCUAAUCGAGGAGAUCGCCCUCCACCACCAGUUCUUUUUCCUGGACAACCUUUUGGGCAGCCUCCAUUGGGUCCACUUCCUCCUGGCCCUCCACCUCCAGUUCCAGGCUAUGGCCCCCCUCCUGGUCCACCACCUCCACAACAGGGACCACCUCCACCUCCAGGCCCCUUUCCACCUCGCCCACCUGGUCCGCUUGGGCCACCCCUUACACUUGCUCCUCCUCCGCAUCUUCCUGGACCACCUCCAGGUGCCCCCCCACCAGCUCCACAUGUGAAUCCGGCUUUCUUUCCUCCACCAACUAACAGUGGCAUGCCUACAUCAGACAGCCGAGGUCCGCCACCAACAGACCCAUAUGGCCGACCUCCACCAUAUGAUAGGGGUGAUUAUGGACCGCCUGGAAGGGAAAUGGAUACUGCAAGAACACCAUUGAGUGAAGCUGAGUUUGAAGAAAUAAUGAAUAGAAAUAGGGCAAUCUCAAGCAGUGCUAUUUCAAGAGCUGUGUCUGAUGCCAGUGCUGGUGAUUAUGGGAGUGCUAUUGAGACAUUGGUAACUGCAAUUUCUUUAAUUAAACAAUCCAAAGUAUCUGCUGAUGAUCGUUGCAAAGUUCUUAUUAGCUCUUUGCAAGAUUGCCUUCAUGGAAUUGAGUCCAAGUCAUAUGGUUCUGGAUCAAGAAGACGUGAACGAUCAAGAGAGAGGGACCAUAGUAGAUCACGAGAAAAGAGUCGGCGUCAUAAAUCCCGUAGUAGAGAUCGUCAUGAUGAUUACUAUAGAGAGAGAAGCAGGGAAAGAGAGAGACAUCGGGAUCGUGACCGAGACCGUGACCGAGAGCGUGACCGAGAACGAGAGUAUCGUCAUCGUUAGAAGCUGAAGGAAGAGGAACACCUUCCAAGACAAAACAGUCUUCAUGGGGGAAAAAUGACGCUUGUCCAGCAGUUUACUUCUUGUGAUUGAACUGAACCUGUAAGGAUUCAUGGAUAAAAUGAACAGGAAUAGAUCUGAAUAAAGCAAAUCUGCAUAAAUGGUAA